AUGACCAUUCAUGUGGAAGGACUUGUGGCCAUCGCAGUUUUCUAUCUGCUCAUCCUGUUCGUGGGGAUCUGGGCGGCAUGGAAGAACAAACACUCCGGGGAAGCCGAGGGCACCGACCGCAGCGAAACCAUUAUGGUCGGGGGGAGGGACAUUGGAUUAUUCGUCGGUGGAUUUACAAUGACAGCUACCUGGGUUGGAGGGGGUUACAUAAACGGCACAGCUGAGUAUGUAUACCUACCGGGCUAUGGCUUGGCCUGGGCACAAGCUCCAUUUGGAUAUGCAUUAAGUCUUGUUGUGGGUGGUCUUUUUUUCGCCAAGCCCAUGCGCUCCCGUGGUUAUGUCACCAUGCUGGACCCAUUUCAGCAGUUGUAUGGGAAGCGCAUGGGUGGCCUGCUCUUUAUACCUGCCCUCAUGGGUGAGAUCUUCUGGUCUGCUGCUAUAUUGUCUGCCCUCGGUGCUACUCUGAGUGUGAUCGUGGAUAUCAACAUCAAGAUAUCAGUGGUCAUCUCUGCACUCAUUGCUAUCUUCUACACCUUGGUUGGAGGACUGUACUCCGUGGCUUAUACCGACGUGGUGCAGCUCUUCUGUAUCUUUGUGGGCCUGUGGAUUAGUGUUCCAUUCGCUAUGACCAACUCGGCAGUGUCAGACAUUACUGUUACGGCAGUGAAGAAGGUGUACCAGGCACCCUGGAGAGGAAGCGUCAAAGAGAGCGAUACCUGGGUCUGGAUUGACAAUUUCUGUCUCCUGAUGCUUGGGGGAAUACCAUGGCAGGUGUAUUUCCAGAGGGUUUUGUCAGCCUCCUCAGCUACCUAUGCCCAAGUCCUCUCUUUUAUAGCAGCCUUUGGCUGCCUGGUCAUGGCCGUGCCCUCCGUUCUUAUCGGAGCCAUAGGGGCUUCCACAGACUGGAACCAGACGACCUACGGUGCCAUUCCACCCAAAGACAAAGAUGAAGCAGACAUGAUCUUACCCAUUGUGCUUCAGCACCUUUGCCCGCCAUUUGUCUCCUUCUUUGGCUUGGGCGCGGUGUCUGCAGCUGUUAUGUCAUCCGCAGACUCAUCCAUCCUCUCGGCAAGCUCCAUGUUCGCCCGAAACAUCUACCAACUUGCCUUCCGUCAGUCGGCAUCGGACCGGGAAAUUGUCUGGGUGAUGCGUAUUACCAUCUUUGUGUUUGGAGGUCUGGCAACAGUAAUGGCACUGGUAACCGGGACAGUUUAUGGCCUGUGGUACCUGAGCUCGGACCUGGUCUACGUCAUCAUUUUCCCCCAGCUGCUCAGCGUGCUCUUUGUGAAAGGCACCAACACAUACGGUUCGGUGGCUGCUUACUUGUUUGGCAUGUUGCUGCGCAUAGGCGGAGGGGAGCCCUAUCUGCAGCUUCCCCCUUUCAUCUACUACCCUGGCUGGACCACCGAGAAGAGGGUGCAUCACAUGACAGGGGAGACGGAGAAGGUGAUCAUCCAGAAGUUCCCCUUCAAGACGGUCGCCAUGCUGGCUUCGUUCUUGGGUAAUGUCAUGUUCUCCUACCUGGCCAAGUACCUGUUUGAGAGUGGCAAGCUGUCGCACAAAUAUGACUUUCUCGACGCAGUGGUGUCCAAGCACAGCGCAGAGAUUAUGGACAAGACGACGCUUGUGGCUCGCGGCAAUAACAUUGGGCUUUCGGAGCUGGCGCCUGUCAAACCGCGGCUGAGUGUGACCUUGGCGGCUGCCUUCACACGCCGUGACACACUGCCGACAGAGACUGUUGAGGAAGAGGAGGAGUCGAGCCCAGACUCCUCCCGCCACGACAACGAAUAA